AUGUGUGAAUCAGAAGGAGCAGACGAGUCAGCAGGUCAGCCCGAGACCAAACCUGAGAGUGGUCUUGCAGGAGCGCUGUCAACCCCAGAGACUGCAUCCAGGCCGCCGCAUUCGCCCGCUCCGGCAUCAACAAGCGACGGCAUUGCCCGCAGAUUGUCCUUUUCAUCACCCAGCGGAAUGCCCACUCCUCCCCCACAGGAACCGCGAGAGGAGAUCCCGUCGCCACCCUUGCCGUCGCCAACGCCGCCCGACUUCGAGACUCCACCGCAAGCAGGCUUGCCCAAAGCCGAAUCAAGCAAAUGGGGCUUCACCUUUCACGCACCCAAGAACAAAGCGCAAUCAAUCCAGGAACCCGUCGAGCCUUUCCUUGCCAAGUUGCACAACGCGCAAGAUGAAGACCAGGUGCUGGAUGUGCUGUGGCCCCCCUACUUGUUUCAAAACAUGAGGACCUGCGAUGAAAUCUUUGACACAAUUCAAUCCAAACUCAGCGAAAUCUGGCAAGAUACAAGAACACACAGGGAAAUCGCCUUGGAUUCAGAGUUCACACUUGCCAAAGUGUUUCCCAGACCGUUCUACAAGGCAGCGGAGGCCGUCGCUCUGCACAACGGAUGGCAUUUGGAAAGCUUCAUGUUGUCACUCCUCAAUAAUUUGCCGUUCAUUGAACACAGGGCCACACGUCUGACUCCAACAGCCGGGAAACAAUUGGAGCAACUCGUGCAGAUUCCUGCCGUGACUUCUUCGGCCCCGCCGCCAAAAGAUGGAGACACGGAAAGCAAUGGUGCAAAGCGUAGGAAGACCGAGGACACAGAGGAAAGCAACGAGCAAGCAGAAGCCCGUGAUGCCCAAGAUCCCGACCUCCAGGCAUGGCUCCAAGAAGCCAGCAAGAUGUAUGGAGCUGACGGCCUCUUGUCUGUGAAGCCAGGUGAAUAUGUCCACCAGAUAAGCCCUGGCAUCCCAGUGAUGCUUGCAGGGCCGGCCAGCAGCAGGAAGAGUUCCCAGUGUGAGUUCACCCGAAGCUUGCUUCAGGAUUCGCGAUUCGCACCAGACGAAAUGAAGCAGUGCAGCCUGGUGGAGGCCACGCUCAGAGGAGCGGAAGCAGAUUCCAAGAUUACUGGCCAAGAACGCAUAGGAUUGACUUGCUACAAAGCCUUGGUGAAGCUCUAUGGCCAAGUGGAAGCAUGCGAGUGGAGCUUGAAACCAACACCGAACGGGUUCCCAAAGCGCAUGUCGGUGGCGUUUAGUGGCCCGCGCAAUCCGCAGGAUGAGGAUUGCGGAGAAAAAAUGAGCACUGGCAUCUUGCAGUCUCUGCAUGACUGGCUUCUCGGAAAGGCAGAGAUCUUAAAGACAGUCAGGUCAGCUACCAAUGAAUGGCUGGACAAGAAAACUGAGGAAUGGAAGGACAUAGACAAAAGCUGGGCAACAAAGCUCUCUUUCAUGACCAGCGACAUCAUCCGCUUUGCCGCGGUCAAUAUGCGCAUUGCAGAAUUCUUUGAAGCAAUGACUCCUGCUUUCAAGGAGAAAGACACCACGACAAGAGUGACCUUCAACCACUUCGAGGUGGUGGCCGCCUGUUGGCUUUGGCUGCGCCAAGUGCACCUUGUCAGAGGUUUGGCCAACUUCAUGGACUCCAUGGAAGGCAAGUUGGACUUCAAAGAACGGAGUCUCGCAAACGAAAUGGUCAAAGCGCAGCCACAAGAGUCCAAAAGAGCACCGUGCUUGACAGGUGAAGACUUGUUGAUGCACCAAAUCAUGGAAUUACCAUGCACUUCAGGAGGAGUGGAAUUCAACACCAGCCAGAUCAGGGAAAAGAUACGCAACAAGUAUCGAAGUGAUAACAAAAUUGCAGAGAAGAUCUUGGCCGCGGUACAAAAACUUGAAGACAACGGGUUGUUACUGAUGAAAAGGCACGAAAAACCCAACAGAGGCGGCCGCAAAGUUCAGACAUAUGCAAAGCCAACUUUGAGCCAGGUGGAAGCCAACCAAAAGGCCACGGAAGAGCGCAUGCGCUUGAAUAUCGGAAAAGACAAAUUCCCAUGA